GUUUUAGAACAGUUAAAAAUGUAUGGAUAAAUGCACAGAGUGACUUUUACUUCUUUAUUUUUUACUUCUUAGGUACUUCACAUGACUGGAGGUUACGGUGUGGUGCUGUGGACUUGUACUUUACACUUUUUGGCCUCAGUAGACCUUCCUGUUUACCCUUGCCAGAGCUUGGGUUGGUUCUUAACCUAAAGGAGAAAAAAGCUGUGUUGAAUCCUACCAUAAUUCCAGAGGCUGUAGCAGGCAACCAAGAAGCUGCAAGUAAUCCAAGCAGUCAUGCACAGCUAGUUGGAUUUCAGAACCCUGAAGAUGAUCACCUUGCCAAGGAAGCAUCAUGUAAUAUAUCAGCUCAUCAGCAGGGAGUGAAGAGGAAGGCUGAUACACCACUGGGGUCCCCACUAGAACCUGGUCAAAUACUGGAGAAGAAUGAGGAUAGCAGUAAAGUCAAACUCAAAAUCAGAUUUUCAAAUUCUCAAGAUGAGGAGGAGAUUGAUAUGGACACUGUUCAUGAUAGCCAGGCCUUCAUUUCCCAUCAUUUGAACAUGCUUGAAAGGCCAUCAACUCCAGGGCUCUCUAAAUAUCGGCCAGCUAGCUCCCGGUCUGCUUUAAUACCUCAGCAUUCAUCCGGCUGUGAUGGCACACCCACCACAAAACCCCAGUGGAGUAUGGAACUUGCACGGAAGGGACCAGGUAAAGAACAGUCACCUUUGGAGAUGGGUAUGCUUCCAGUGGCAACGGCUCCACUCUCAGUGUUUACCAAGGAAUCUACAUCCUCUAAACACAGUGACCACCAUCACCACCAUCACCAUGAGCACAAGAAAAAGAAGAAAAAGCACAAGCAUAAGCAUAAACACAAGCAUAAACAUGACAGUAAAGAAAAGGACAAGGAACCUUUCACUUUCUCCAGCCCUGCCAGUGGCAGGUCUAUUCGUUCUCCUUCUCUUUCAGAUUGAGAAGGGGACAAAGAGACCUUUCCUUUCUUAUCCAGAAGAAUGUAUAUAAUUAAAGCUUUGUCCUCUAUGAAGACUAUUAAAAGUGGGGGUGGGAGAGAUGGGAAGAAGAUUUGCCUCUCUCAUAGAAAUUCAGAAUCCAUUUAAGUUCUAAACAUUAGAAAAAUGUGUUUCAUAAUUCUGGAUAAACUAUUCCAUCCCAUUUCCUCCUUAAAACACACACACAGAACAAACUUCUUUUCAUAAAAGCCCUCAUAUCCACUGGCAGUCCCCAUUCACAUCAUGGUCUCCAUGUGUACUGCCAAAGUCAAUUAUGUUUGAAAGCCUUUGAUGGAUGUAAUGGGGCAAAGUUAUGUUUUAAACAGAAGCAACUGCCAAAUCUGUGGUGCAACCACUAUUUCCAGUGAAAUAUUGUAUAACACCAUUUGGAACUACUGAAAAGACAGACUUUUCUAUAGGAUUCUU